AUGUCUGAGAGCAAGCCAAAGGUUCUUCUGUUCGAUAUUGGUGGUGUUUGUGUCGUGUCACCUUUUCAAGCCAUCCUGGAUUAUGAGUUGAGUUUGGGUAUCCCUCCAGGAUGGGUCAACUACUCGAUAUCUCGAACUGCCCCUAACGGCUUCUGGCACCGGUUGGAGAAGGGUGAAAUACCUAUGGACGAAUCAUUCUUCAAGGGGUUCAGCCAAGAUCUUCAUGACCCCGCUAGAUGGGAUGCCUUCUACAAAAGAGAGCAGGGCAAAGACCACAAACUUCCAAAGGAAACACCACCGGUUCCCACUAUCGACGCAGAAUGGCUAUUCCAUGAGAUGAUGACUGUAUCCAACAGUCCAGACCCCUGGAUGUACCCGGCAUUGAAGAAGCUCAAAGAGAAUGGCCAAUUCAUCCUAGCAGCCUUAAGCAACACUGUUAUCUUCCCACCUGGCCACAAGCUUCACCUCGAUCAUUUCUUCGACGAACCUGUACGACAAAUAUUCGAUGUUUUUGUUUCAUCCGCUCAUGUGGGAAUCCGCAAACCCGAUCCGGCUAUGUAUCAGCUUGCCCUUGCCAGAGUAGACGAGUUUGCCAAGGCCAACGCACAGUCACCUCGCGGCAAGGAUCGAGACUGGAGCACUGGCGUUAAGCCAGACGAAGUUGCUUUUCUUGACGACAUUGGGGAGAACCUGAAGGCAGCUCGAAAACAGGGGCUAAGAACGAUCAAGGUGAACCUUGGUAGGGCGUUUGAAGCCGUUGACGAGCUUGAGCGCGUUACUGGGUUGAAGCUCGCUGGCGAUCACCCAAGGAUACCUGUUGAGGCCAAAAUCAGAAAAGUUAAAGCCAAGAUGUGA